AUUUUGUUUUCAAAAUAUUUUGUAUCGAUAAUCACUGGAUCUAAGAAGCAUUAUUUCUGCUUAGCAAAAUUUAAACAAGCUACAUUCAUAUGUCAAUCGCUUCGUAUAUUUGUGUAAUAAAGUAUAGACUACAUUAUAUAUACUGACAGUCAGACAUAGAUAUACACAAAUUGUGUAUUUUGCAAACAGACAUAAAACGAUAAUGUCUCUUCACUUUGUUGAUUUAUCAGAAACGCAAAUGUUCGUACCUGAAGGUGAAGAACUUGCUAAACGUUUACAAAAUGGACUUAAGCAACAUUUCAAAAAAGCCACAGUUGAAUGGAUUGAGUGUCCGGAUCUGACUCAAGAACCUUUUAAUCUUGCCGCACCUGGAUUAUGUGGUGAUGAGACACUUUUGGAAAUUGGUGGUAUGUCGCAAUUGUUUCCACGUCCCCGGAAAAUGUUCAAUUAUUAUUUCAGCGAUAUCUUAAAAGAAAUAUAUUCUAGCCACACUAAUACCUUAGUAAUCGGAGCUAGUAUUGGUAUGCGACCAAAUCAACAAUUAGGCGAGCUUUUCGUGAACGCGUCAUUUUAUCGUCCACAAGUAUCUGCAGAUUCAUUCUACCUCAACAACCAAAGCCGUUUGGCAUUUUUUAAUCAAGCAACGAGAAAGUGCGCCCUGGAAUCAAUAACUGAUAAGAGCGAUCUUGCUUGCUAUCCACAUGGCAACUUUUUUAUCAGCGAAGGGAAACCGGGAAAGGUUCUUAAAGUGCAUGCUAAGAACUGUAUUGAUUUUCAUUUUUUGACAGCAAUGCAGUGUGUCCUUUCUCAAUAUUCUGUUGAUAUUCCUCCUAGUUUUGUCGGCUUAGGUGGUAUAUUUUUGAUGAAAAAAGGAAUAGCCAGAACCCACGUUAUGCCAUAUUCUUGGGAUAAUCAAUUAAAAACAGCAAAAAAUAUUAAUAAUUGGCUUCAUUAUUCUGACUUAAACGCACCUUUAGUAGCAGUUGGCACGCUUAUUAGCGAUAGCUCAUAUUAUGAAAAAUCUUGUCAACGUUCUGGUAGAAAUGGAUAUGGGCUUACUCAAAGCCAUUUCCACACUUAUUCCUCUAAUGGGACAGGUGGACACUUUCAUACAGAAAUCCAAUUGACGAAAGCAGUAGAGUAUUUUGGAUAUUUUAAGCCUGCGAAAAUAUUUUAUCAUAUGGAUCCACAUCUUAGAUACGAUGGAUUGCAAGACUUUACCGAUAUCAUGGUAUACUGGUGAUCAAUCGACACUGAUUGAAUUCGAUUUUAAUUAGAACAGUAAUGGUAAUGCGACUUAUGCGUUGUUUUAAAAAUAUUUAUAAAUAUAAUAUUUAAUUUAUGUUUUUUCUUUAUAAUAUCUUAUCUAUCUUUUUUAUAAUUUAUUCUUAUAUCAUUUUUUCUAAUCUACCAAAGAAAUGGACAUUGUGUAUUUAUAACUGUAGCUUGAUAAAAUUCUACUUUUUACAUUGAAUUUCGAACGAUUGGAGAUUAAAUAUGAAAAUUUGUAUAUUCAUUCAAAUGAAAUUAUUAUUAAAUCGUUAUAUCACUUUUUCCUUCUCGAAGAUUUACCAAAAUAUGUUAGAAAUCUGCUUACAUAUGAUACAAUAUAGUAAAAAAUAUUUCAAUCUACCUUUAAUAAUAUUACGCAUAUUUA